AUGCAUUGGUUGAUUCUGCUGCUGUUCCUUCUGCCGCUCUCCAUCUCCAUCAGGGCCAGGGAGUCCUCCAGCCCCAUCCCCAUUCCCAUUCCCAUCCGCCGGCAGCUGGAACUAGACAGGGAAUUCGAGGUGGAGGUGGAGGAGGAGGAGGAGGAGCCGUUGCGCACUUCGGUGCUGCAGAGCAGCCUUCUCCUGCAGUUCUGCCUGCAGUACCGGCAUAUACCCCGGUUAACCUACUUCACGUGCCGCAAUCCGGAGACCAGCUCUGGGAAUGAAGAGGAGCUGCGUGCGGCAUUCGCUGCCAAGAAUGCGCAGCUGAUUAAGAGCCUCUACCGUAGCCAGCUCUUUGUGCGGAUUGUGCGGCUCGAUGUGCUCCAACAAACGGGAGGCGGCUCUGCCAGCAGCAGCAAUGACCCCAGGCGACCAGGAGCCGGGCCUGGUUUUGGUUUCGGUUUCGGUUUCGCUCAGUCACAGAGCCAGGCCCAAAGCAAUGCCGAGUGGUUGGACAGUGUUCUGUCGGUGGAUGCCCUUAGGCAAAUUGUGGCUGUGGAUCUGGCAUGCGGCGCCCAGAGUCGUCGCUUACUCGAUUUGGCUUCCGCCAAGCGGCUCUACAGCGACAAGUUUCACUGGCUAUUGAUAGAGGAUUUUGCGCUGUUCAACAGGCUGGAAGGAGGAGCUGACGAGCAUCUGCAGCUGCAAGCCAAGCAACUGCAAAGGACCAAGGACGAAGAAGACCUCCGCCUGCCAACUAUCGAGGACUUUAUGGAGGGCCUGAACCUGUACAUGAACACAGAGCUGAUACUGGCCAAGCGACUGUCAGAGGCAGCCAACUAUACGCUAUAUGAUGUGUGGAAUCCCGGCCUGAACUAUGGCGGACGUGUCAGUCGAACGGAAAUUGGCAGCUUCACGCCGUCAGAGGGUGUUCGAUUGCAGACCUGGUAUCGGAGGACAUCGACGGUGCGGCGUCGCAUGAAUAUGCAGCAUGCCCGAGUCCGUUGCAUGGUUGUGGUGACCAACAAGAACAUGACGGGCACUCUGAUGUACUACCUAACGCACACGGUGUCGGGCCACAUCGAUACGAUGAAUCGCUUCAACUUCAAUCUCCUGAUGGCCGUCCGAGACAUGUUCAACUGGACUUUUGUCCUGUCGCGGACCACCUCGUGGGGCUAUGUGAAGAACGGCCGGUUCGAUGGCAUGAUUGGGGCUCUCAUACGCAACGAAACGGACAUCGGUGGGGCGCCGAUAUUCUAUUGGCUGGAGCGGCACAAGUGGAUCGAUGUGGCCGGCCGUAGUUGGUCGAGUCGGCCGUGCUUCAUCUUUCGCCAUCCACGGAACACGCAAAAGGAUCGCAUUGUGUUCCUGCAGCCCUUCACCAACGAUGUCUGGGUCCUGAUUAUGGUCUGUGGCGUGGUGACAGUUUGUAUUCUGUGGCUUCUGACCACCAUUGAGUGGAAACUGGUGCCACACGAUGGUGCAGCGCUGAUCAAACCCAAGGGAGGGGCACCACCACGCCAUCAUCAUCAUGUGCAACAGCAACAGCAACAGCAGGAAUUGGAGGCCACCGUGCGUCCAGUGACCGCUCUGUCCGUGGCAGAGGUGGCAGAUGUGGUAGAUGAUUCGGAAGCACCAAACAAAGUGGAAAACCCCACCACAAUUGAUCCGGUGACCCUCUGGCAGCGCUGCUACCUGAAGCUCAAUAAUUAUGUGAAGGAGCGCAAGGCCAAGCGGCAGGCACCCGAGCGCGUGGGCCUGUUCUUGGAGUCGGUGCUGUUCUUUGUGGGCAUCAUCUGCCAGCAGGGACUGGGCUUCUCCACCAGCUUUGUGUCGGGCCGGUGCAUUGUGAUCACCAGUCUGCUGUUCUCCUUCUGCAUCUAUCAGUUCUAUUCGGCCAGUAUUGUGGGCACCCUGCUCAUGGAGAAGCCGAAAACCAUCAAGACUCUGAGCGAUCUGGUGCACAGCUCUCUGCGAGUGGGCAUGGAGGAUAUACUGUACAAUAGGGACUACUUUUUGAACACCAAAGAUCCAGUUUCCAUGGAGUUGUAUGCAAAGAAGAUCACCAGUGUCCCCACCACCAAAGAGAACGAGGCCGAUGAAGAUGAACCGGCAGAUCCAACACCACCAGCAGCAGCAGCAGGACCUGCUGCUCCUCCAGUAGAUCCAGCCAAAACCUAUCGAGAUAUAGUCCAUAGCCAUGAGACGGGUGCCCAUGCCAAGGAUAACUCGGCCAGCAAUUGGAUGGAUCCUGAAACGGGUUUGUACAGGGUCAAAAAUGAACGCUUUGCCUUUCAUGUGGAUGUGGCGGCUGCCUAUAAGAUCAUUGCGGAGACCUUUAGCGAACAGGAUAUAUGCGAUCUGACGGAAGUCAGUAUGUUUCCCCCGCAGAAGACGGUCUGCAUUAUGCAAAAGAAUUCCCCCAUGAGAAAGGUCAUCUCUUAUGGCCUGCGACGUGUCACAGAGACGGGCAUCCUCACAUAUCACUUCAACGUGUGGCACUCGAGGAAACCGCCGUGUGUGAAGAAAAUCGAAACCUCUGAUUUGCACGUCGAUAUGGACACCGUUAGCUCUGCUCUAUUGAUACUCCUCUUCAGCUAUGGCAUAACCCUCAUGAUUCUGGGCACGGAGAUCCUCUACUCCAAGUGGCACAGGCGCAUCAUAAUAAAGUUCAGUUGAGCGAUACUUGAGAUUUUGUUGAAUA